AUGGCGGCGGCAGCCUUCGUCGCUGCCGCCGCCGCUCAGAUGGGCGGCAUGGGGGGCAUGGGUGGCAUGGGUGGCAGUGGGCCGCCCAAGGAGAAGCCACGGCUAGCUGACAUCCCGUACAUCCAGUGCCAGGCAAGAGUGUGCGAGCUGCUGACCAAGAACGCGUGGCGGCAGGUGGAUGAGAUGAAGAUCAUCGAGCGAAUGGAGAAGAUCACCACAGCCUGGCGGGCCGAGGGCGAGUGGAUCGCCAGCCUGGACCUGGUGGAGAAGGGGGACAAGCUGGUUGUGGGCAAGUGCGGGGUGGAGUGCAAGACGAUUGAGGCGGCAGCGGAGCGCAUCAUGGGGGAGCACGACACCGACAUUGCUGAGAUGCUGUUCACGGUGGGCUUGGUGCUGGGGCUGGGCAAGAAGACGCGGGCCCAGUUCAACAACUGGCUGUGCUACGAGGAGACGCAAGUGUGCAAGUACAAGCCGCCGCCGCUGCCCAAGGAGCGGCCGCCGGGGCCGCCUUUUGAGCCCAUGGCGCAGGGUGACCAGAACCUGGAGCGCAUGAUGGGAGAGAUGGAGGACAAGGGCCUUAAGGGCAGCCUGUACAGCCGGGACGACCUCCUUUCCAAGUAUGGGAUGCCGGAGGGGCACGAGGAUGAUGACGAGGAUGCUGAUGACCCGGCCGACUUUGAAGGGGAGCCCAUCGACUGGCACCACAUCGAGGGCGGCAAGGAGCCAUACACGACGCGCACGAAUGUCCAGCGCGUGGCAGGGGCGGCCAAGGAGGCGGCUGCGGCCGCACGCGACGGCGUCAGGUCGGCGGCGAAGAAGGCGCGGAGCAUGUGGAAGAAGUUCCAGUCGGGGCAGAAGGCCAAGGACAAGCAGGAGCUCUGA